GACUGAGGACAACAGUGAAGAAGAAACAACAUCUGAAGUCGAACACUUACAGGACCAUGAGACUUUACAUAGUUUUCGCUUUUCUGCUUCUAGCAGUGCUUUGUAGCUUAUGUGUUGAUGCUCAAGUAAAAUUUGGACCCAUUUGUGGAGGCUCAAGUAAUCGUAAAAGAGGAUGUGAUUCAAGAUAUGGCUGUGGACACUAUGGAGCCAAGCGAGGGAAAGGAAAACACUUGGGUCUUGACAUUCUGUGUGGUGAUGGAGCCACGGUUUAUGCUCCUUUUGAUGUGAAGAUCAACCGCAGAGCCAGACCAUAUGGAAACGGCAAUGCCAUCGAUGACGGCAUUAACGUGAGCGGAAGAGGUCUCUGCUUCAGUCUGUUCUAUGUUAAGCCUGACCGUUACUCAGGGACUCUGAAGAAAGGGCAAAGGAUUGGACAAAUGCUCCCAAUGCAGAGGGUUUAUCCUGGCAUCCCUUCUCAUGUUCACGUUCAAAUGUGUGACAGAUCAGAUCCUACAAAGUACUUCUGAUGAUGAGCAGAUGACCGAACGCAACAAACAGAAUUUUGUUAUUAUUUUGUUACUAUUUUUAAAUGUGUUGUAUAUUUCAGAUUAGUUUUAGUUCAUUUUAUUAAUGGUUUUGUUGUUUUUAUUUUGUAAAUACGUUUCUAUUUGCUUUUUGUAUUUAGUUUCAGUUUUAAUUUUAUUUCAGUUAACAAAACGUUUUUGACCAAUUUUAGUCUUAGUCUUGUAUUUUGUUUGCUAAAAUACAAUGCUGGGUUCCACACAAUCGAUUUGUGUUGGGGCAACAUGAAGGAAUUACAGUUUAAGUCAGAAUUAUUAGCCCCCUGUAUAUUUUUCCACAAUUUCUGUUAAACGGAAAGAAGAUUAUUAACCCAUUUCUAAACAUACAUUAAUAGUUUUAAUAUAAAAAAAAAAAUUACCUAAGGGGGUUAACAUCAUUGACACUAACCAUGCAAGGGCCUUUUCUCAAAACCACAUUUACAUGAUUAAUGUGUGUCCUCACAAUGCAAUUGGAUAGAAAAUGUGUUUAUAGGUCUGGUCAUCCUGCCAUCCUACCUCCAAUUUUCACACUGACCUAAUCAUCUUUUUUUGCACGUCUGGAUUUGUAUACGUGCUGGAAUUAAGGAAAAUUCCUUAAUUUUUUUUUGUGUGUUUAUUACACAUACAUAUUUAGUUAUUUUAGGAAGCCUGUCGCAUUGUUUAGGAACAUGUGUGAAGAGGUGUCAAAACUAAAAGAUCUACACAGACAACUACUUCAUCCAUGUCGCCUGUGCUUUUCCGAUAAAAAGAACUGUCUUAGGGACUAUCACUGCAAGUAAACACAAACCACACUGAAUGUGACCAAAU